AAAACCCGCCCGUUAGCAAAACCCCCAAAUCUUCCCUCCCCAAAACUAGGGUUUCUGCAUUCAAAGACUGCACCAACAAACGCCAAAACUCAGCGUUUCAGUCUCCACCCAAGCUCUCUACGAUGGACACAGCCUCAGAGAGCUACCAAAAAAUGCUCCACGAGUCAAUCCAACGCUUUUUUGCCGAGUAUGAAAAAGGGGUCACCGAUUUCUCAGCUUUCAGCUCGAUUUUCUUCCGAUUAAUGCAAGCAUCGCCCGAUCCACCACUCGAAACGGUUUGGUUUUACUCUGCUCUGAACUUUCAUAGCAGUAAUUUCACAAUUCAAGACCCAAUUUUGGUUUACAGAGAACUGUUUCAGUUGAUAGUGACUUGUUCUGCUCUAUGUAAUAGUGGGUUGAAGAGAAUUGCUUUACUCGCGCCGGUAAUUUACGAAUUGUACCGUCUGGUGUCCGAGAAAAGGGGUUUUUGGUUGAAUAGUGAUGUUGAGUUUUUGGUAGAAAGGAUUGUUAGCUAUCUUAGCAUAUGUUGUAAAAAUUCGGACCCUGAAGUGGGUUCUGUCCAUUUGGGCCCUGGUUUUCUGGAUGUGGUUCGUGUUUGGACAGUUGGUAGGUUAGAGGGAAUUCGUACAUUUGGUGAUGAUUUGAGUGUGUUUUUUCCUCUUGUUAGUGAUGAAGUUUGUCAAGUUGGUGUGGGAUGCGGGGUUGGCUACUUAGCUGGGAUUGUGAUGAGUGAGGCUUUUAUAACGAGGUUGUGCUUGAAGUUCGGUUCAGGGGCUUCAAGAGCAGAGUUGGAGAAAGAUAUGCGAAAUUUGGCAGUUGAGAUGAUAAGUGGUUUUCGGAAUUGUUACUUUUUUGAUACCCUUCUAAGGAUGUUGCUGGAGCCGGUUUUGCCUGUUACAUCUCUAUUGAUGAUCAAGAUUAUGCUGUUUCUUUACCAUUUCUUGAUGGUUUCUGGUUUUUCCUGCUUUAUCAUGUCUAGAAAGGUUCAUGUAGCUGACCCCAAGCAAUUGGGUGAGAUUUUGAUGAGAGUUGUGUUUCCUGCUAUAUUAUCCGUUAAUGGGUUACUUCUGGGUCAUGACUUGGAAUUUGGAAGAAGUGCUGAAGAUGAAGUUCUUUUACGAAAAGUCCUGUAUGAUGCUGUGAUAAUGGAAAAGUAUACUUUCCUCGAUCCUCAAAUUGGGAUUCAGCUCUUUGGUAACCAGUUAAAAAAUAUUGUUGUUACAUGGUUGUUUGUUGCUGACAAUGCCAUACUCUAUGUUAGGGAAAAUGGUGAUCAGGCCAAAGCUAUUUCCUAUAUAAAGGCCUUCUCUGAAUCUCAAUUACCAUCUCAAUUAAUUAAGUGGGUAGCUACUCAGAGUGGCAUGGGAGAGGAAAUGGGUAGACCAAAAUUUUCAACUCCUAUAGCUUUUAUGAAAUGGCUGCUGAUUGCUGAAGAUCAAGGGAUAAGAGUAUUUGAUCAUAACAUCUCCAAGCUCCAUGCCAAAGCAAUGAUGUACAAGUCAAGAGUAGAGUAUGAGCUCCCAGUAUGUAAGUUAGAUGGCAAGACUCAGGAUAAUAAUGUCUUCUUUCACACUGAUAAUGAGGGGAGUGGAGAAGAGAAAAUUGAUGGUGAUCAAGAGAUGAUAGAUUCUUUGAAUGCUGCAAUGUUGGCUGCUGCCUGCACAGUGAAUUUGACAACUGAUGGGAGAAGAAAGCGCAAAGGGAUAAUCAAUGAAGGGAAAACACAAUUUAAGUUUGGUAAGUAUCAUGUUCUUGAAAAUUCGUUUGGAGAUAAUCGUUUGCCCUUUGGUGAUGAUGGUGGUUCGAGUAGCGGGAGUGAGGUGGAAAAUCCAGUUUCUGAUGAAGAUAUGGAGAUUAUGGAGCAAUAAGUGCUGGUCGACACAGUUUUGUGGGCAUGAAAACAUUUACUGAUUCCAUUUUCUGAUGCACUCUCUUCUGUACUAGUGGAGUGUUGAGAAUUAGAAAGAUCUAUUGUGAAUACAACCAGCCUCCUAUCUCUUACACUAUUCCCUAUCAAACACUUUCAAAACGGUUUAGGAAAUUGAAGCAGAUAAUCCAUCCCACAGUUGGGCGAUGUCUACUUGAAUGCUUUAAAGGAUGCAGAUGCAAAUGCAAUACUGAUCUCAUUCUGCUAGCCUGCUCGGUUUUGUUAAUUCGACAGUUCUUUCAAUGCGUCCUCUGAAUUGGUUCAAUUCUCAAGCCUGCUCUGCUUCAGGGUUUAAGCUGGCUCAGGUACUUUUCCCCUCUGUAUCAGAUAUUUGUUUGAUAAAUGAUCAGGCAGAUUUUGGCUUUGAUUCUGUUGAAGUGUGUUUGUUCAUUGUACUUCAAUUCUCUAGUGGAAUCUAAUCUAAUUCUGACAGAAUAUGGCUGAAAAUAUUUAGAAUGAUCAAA